AUGGCUAUCGCAACGGCACUCGCUUCGCUACAGGGUAGGAUUAUUCAAUACCCAUUGCACUCCCUCGGAGUAGCCGCUAUUCUGGUUCCUAUUCUAUACGUCAUCUUGAACGAGUUCGUUCGGUCUUCAGCCCGAGUAAAGGGUCUCAAAGGACCUACUGGUCUUCCACUCAUUGGAAAUUUGGCUCAAAUCAGGGUCAACGCGGCGGAGCAGUAUCGGACAUGGUCGAAGAAGUUUGGUGCUGUUUAUCAGAUUCAGUUGGGUAAUAUUCCUGUCGUCGUGGUCAACUCGGCUGCGUCUGCGAAGGUGUUGUUCGGUCAGAAUGCUCAGGCUUUGAGCUCGCGACCGGAAUUUUAUACUUUCCACAAGAUCGUCUCCAACACCGCCGGUACAACCAUCGGAACCUCUCCAUACAGCGACUCAUUGAAGCGCCGCCGCAAGGGUGCCGCCUCUGCUCUCAAUCGCCCAUCUGUUGAAAGUUACGUCUCCCAUCUGGAUGUCGAAUCCAAAGCAUUCGUGGAGGAACUCUACCGCUACGGCAAUGGCGGCAAGACCCCUGUCGACCCGAUGCCAAUGAUUCAACGACUGAGUCUCAGUCUGGCCCUGACUCUCAAUUGGGGCGUCCGCAUCGCAUCACAAGAGGAAGAUCUAUUCGAUGAAAUCACCGAAGUCGAAGAGGAAAUUAGCAAGUUCCGAAGCACCACUGGUAACCUGCAGGAUUACAUUCCUCUCUUGCGGUUGAACCCAUUCAGCACAAAUUCGAAGAAGGCUGCUGAGAUGCGUGCGCGCCGUGAUAGAUACCUUGGAGCUCUGAACCGGGAUUUGGAAGAUCGGAUGGAGAAGGGUAUCCAUAAACCUUGUAUUCAGGCGAAUGUUAUUCUGGACAAGGAGGCUAAGUUGAAUACCGAGGAGCUUACGUCUAUCAGCUUGACUAUGCUUUCUGGUGGUCUGGACACCGUUACCACCUUGGUGGCUUGGAGUAUUGGUCUUCUCUCGACUCGGCCUGAUGUGCAAGAUAAGGCUGCCAAGGCUAUCCAAGAGAUGUACGGAAAGAAUGAGCCUAUGUGUUCGGCCGACGAUGAUCAGAAAUGUGCUUAUGUCGCAGCCCUGGUCAGGGAGUGUCUUCGCUACUUCACCGUGCUUCGUCUAGCUCUUCCUCGCACUUCCAUCCGAGACAUUACUUACGAAGGCGUCGUCAUCCCCAAGGGAACCGUCUUUUUCCUGAAUGCGUGGGCAUGCAAUAUGGACCCCGAUGUAUGGACCGACCCCGAGGAGUUCCGACCAGAGCGCUGGCUCGAACAACCCGAUGCGCCAAUUUUCACAUACGGCCUCGGAUACCGCAUGUGCGCAGGUUCUCUCCUGGCAAAUCGUGAACUGUACCUGGUCUUCAUGCGGACGCUCAACAGUUUCCGCAUUGAGCCCCAUGACAACACGGACUGGCAUCCUGUGCGAGGUAACUCGGACCCGGCUAGUUUGGUCGCUAUCCCGCAGAAGUAUAAGGUGCGGUUUGUGCCCAAGGAUGCUGCUGCGUUGAAGAAGGUUAUUGCGCAGUCUUGA